UCGAGGGAAAACGAACGUCUCAAAAAAAGUGGUACCAAAAUGUGGAUAAAGUUAUGUUUUGUAGCGUUUUUGAGUGCUUUUCUGUUGCCAAACACGACGGUAGCUCAACUGGAGGUUUUCAACAUGCUGAACGUGUCCCUCACCCAGACUGAUUCAAACAUCGAUUACACUAAUCCUGCGACAAUGAGCAGUAAUUUGGCCACGCUGGCAACACUGAUGGACAACGUGACGAAAUCUUAUUUCUCUGGGCUCAGGCUUACCACUUAUAGUUGGGGUUACUUUGAAUUUAGUAUCCUUACCAUGCCUCUGGAUUAUGUGAAUGAUGUUUCUGCUUCGUUUAAAAUCGGACUGAUAGUUUGGCUAAGUAUGCUAAGCCCGAUGGCGGAGCAAAUCGUGACGAUUACCAACAACACCAGGUACGGUGUGACGACCCCUGCACCGGCUGUGAGCAUUCUUGAUGGUCUUCCGAUUGCUUUCGGAAUUCCAAAUCCAGGCAAUGUUACUUUGAAUAUUCAGUCGUUCUCUCAAGAUAGCGCAAUUUCUCCGGAAAUUUUCAGUGGUCAGUUAGCUUUUUUUGCAAACCAGUCGAAAGAAAUUAUUGCCAGAGACCGCGACUUGGCACUUGCCUAUAAACGUACCAACAACAACAACAUAAUCACGCUGGGAAUUUUAGCGGCAAAGUGGACGUUUGGUCCUUUGGAUAACGCUUUGAACCAGAUAUUAAACAUAACACUCAAAAAAAUGGACCCAACCUACAUAGAUCCCUCAAAAAUUUUGUACACGCUCGGCUCGCUUUCGAGUGAACUUAAACUCAUUGAAUCGUACAUUCCGGGCAACACGAGCUUGGCCCUUCCGGAUCCAAGCCAGACGUACACUUGUGGGGCAAUUUUCACCGAAAAUUUGGACAGUUUCUUCAAACUUCUCAACAAAACAGCCAUUGCAGCUAGUAGUCUGAUCAAUUCGAACUCAACGGCAGUCACAAUUUCGUCCAACGUUACCCAGGCAGUCGGCGAGUUCAACAGCGUUCUACCAUACUUGACGAAUCUGACGGAGCAGGUCACCGGAAUGCUGCCGAAUGAGACGAUCAUGAUGUCGGGGUUGUCACGACGCCGGGUGUAUCCGCAGCAGGUGCGCACCAACCUGGACCGAGCUGACUGUCACAAGCUGUACCUGAAGCGGUACAACGAACGGCGAUUUGGUUGAUUCAGACUGACUUCUGUUUUGAGUAAAAUUAUAGUAAAACCGUUUUGCACAUUUUAGCGUACAUUUUAAUAAAGUAACUAGUACAAAAAGUGCAGCCCUAGUGUCAAUCCAAGCUCUG